AUGGCCGCCAUUGCUGAAGUUCCCCAAAUUGCCGAUCCAGCAAAAGCAAAGAGAGGUAAAUCCAGAAAAGCACUCAAGCAGACGUCCACCAGCGUGGCCAACAUCAUUGCCGCAACCCUAGCCGAAUCCUCCCCCGCCGCCGAGCCUCCGACGGAGAAUCCCGCCGGGAAAGAGAACCAACAGAGCCUGUCGAACAAGAAGACCAAGAAAGGAGGUGCUUCGAAAGGGGGAAAGAAGCAGCAGGGGGCGGAGGUGUCGUCCUUCGAGAAAGAGUUGCAGGAGAUGCAGGAAAAGCUCGAGAAAUUGAAGCUCGAGAAGGAGCAUACGGAGGAGAUGCUGAAGGCGAAAGAGGAAUCUCUGAAGCAGAAGGAGGAAGAACUAGAGACGAGGGAUCGAGAGCAAGAGAAACUCAAGACUGAGCUUAAGAAAUUGCAGAAGAUGAAGGAAUUUAAUCCCACAGUGAGUUUCCCUUUCGGGCUCUCACUCAAAGAGCAAGAGCAAGAUAAGAAAGACAGGAAGAAGAGUACCACGAAAAAGCCGUCCCCUCCAUAUGUUCUGUGGUGCAAAGACCAGUGGAAUGAGGUAAAGAAAGCUAAUCCAGAGGCUGAUUUCAAGGAGAUGUCAACCCUGUUGGGCUCAAAAUGGAAAGCAGUCACCGAUGAAGAGAAGAAGCCUUAUGAAGAAAAGUACCUAGCUCAAAAGGAAGCUUAUUUGAAAAUAAUCGGAAAUGAAAAGCGUGAGAAUGAAGCCAUGAAGCUCUUGGAGGACGAGCACAAGCAAAAGACUGCCAUGGAGUUGCUCGAGCAAUAUCUCCAGUUUAAGCAGGAGGCUGAGAAAGAUAACAAGAAAACGAAGAAGGAAAAAGACCCCUUGAAGCCGAAGCAACCGAUGUCGGCUUAUUUCAUUUUCUCAAACGAGCGCCGUGCUGCUUUGCUUGCAGAGAACAAGAACAUCUUGGAGAUCGCAAAGAUCACCGGUGAGGAGUGGAAGAACAUGUCUGAGAAACAAAAGGAACCUUAUGAGAAGGCACAUGUUGUGAAGAAAACCACAAAAGCAAGAAAAAAGUUGAAGACUGAUGUUCCUGUCAAGAUACGACUUCAGCACUCGCGUCCACUAGCCGGCGAUUUUGAUAUAACUAUAUCUGGAAGAGUGCACACGGGAAUCUACGAUGAGUGGAUUGCUGAAGGCACUUUACAAUGUGCCCCUCGUAAAGUCGCAAACGGGUACAAUUAUUAUAAGGUAAAGAGCAAAAACUUGCCAACACCGUUUGAUUUCAAUGUCGCCUGUGUGACCGACAAAAAUUGGUUCUAUCACAUUAAUGAGACAGGAUGCUUCCUUGACAGCAGUCACUUGGAUGUUAUUUUUUAUUAUUUGAGGAAGUUUGGAAUAUAUGGGAGCGCCAAAGUCAGGUACACAACGACGGAUGUGUUGUUCGACCAACACAUCAAGUCGUUGUACACGUCCUUUUUGUCUCAAUCUCGUAACCUUUCUGUAUGCACUGUGGAUGACAUGAUCAUUGACUACAUCACGGGAUAUAAGAUUAUAUGUGGACUUUCUUGGUUUAAGGUUGAUCAUGUCUUAUUUCCGAUUCAUUUGGAAAUAAAUAAUGUCGGUCAUUGGAUUAUGGGUCUCUUGUCCUUCGAUGAUAUGAAACUUCGAAUCUACAAUUCAAUUCGAACCCAAGACUGUGAUAAUCUUGUUAUGGAGAAUGUGAAGGCGUACGUUGAGCUUAUCCCCAUUUUCCUUGACUUGGUGAGGUUUCCAAAGAAAUCAGAGCACGGUCCUCUCGAAGUUAUUAUGGUGGAUAAUGUCCCCCAGCAGCUUAAUAGCGACUGCGGGAUAUAUGUUGCAUCAUUUGCCGAGUAUUUCAUUUCCGGUCAUGACAUUACCAAAACGAAUAUUGAUGCUACUGUCCAGAGGCAUAGAUAUGGAUAUCUGCUCUACACUCAUGGCCUAAUGAAACAGACUAAUGGGUAUGAGAGUGAUGAUGAAUCACCCGGAUCUUUGCCUGAUGAAGUUCGUUUUGGAUUUCUCAAAGUUCCGGAUAAAUCGUAG